UUGCCUGAGUUUUUCUUGGCUUCUUUUCACUCAUUGCCUAUCCUUUGGCGAGGAGACUGCAUACCACUGGACAGGUAGCCCCAAAUCAUGCCAACAACCAACCUCAUAAUCGCCCUCGUCUUCGCCGGCAUCUUCGGCACCGCCCUCGUCUACCUCGGUCUCUGGUACGUCCACCGCUACAUCAACCAGCGCUGCUACGAACUCGAGCAUUGGUUCCAUUUCCUGUUUCCAAGCCGAACGCGGCAGCCGCCCGUUGUGUAUGUUGAAAAGGCGGGGCAUCGAGAUUUGACGAGAUACGGGGAGCCGUCGAAACACCGGUCGAGAUCUGCGAAGAGGGGGAGAGAGAGAGGAAGGAGUGAGAGAUCUCAGAUGAGGAAGUAUUGUGAUGAGAGGAAUUUGAAGAGUCGGAAAGUGAGGGAUGGGAAUGGUAAUGGGGACUGGGCGGGACAGAGGGAGGUAGAGAUGAUGAAAGGGGUGAGGCAAAUUGGUGGGCCACAACAACAGCAACCGUACGCACAGUCGUAUUACCCUCCAGGCGAUUGGAGAGAACAGUGGUCCGGCGCGAAUCUGGUGUGCAACCAUUCGGGUGUAUCGCAACAGAUGCCCGUGCCAUGGCAGGAUCAAGUCGCGGCUCAGAUGCCACCUUUUGUUAUGCCGACAGGAGUGCCGCACCAGCCAUUCCAGCGGAUGGCAGCAACAAUGCCUGAGCCGCUUCAGUACCCGCCUCAGUAUCAACCUCGAGAUCGGUAUCCACAUCGACAACCCUACGUAGAGACGAUGAGUACGGAUGUGCCGAAGACCAACCAUCGCAAAACACCUCCAGUGAAGCCAAAACCCCCGGCUAAACGCGUACGUCGACACGAGAAAGUCGAUUUCAUCCACAUUUGCGAUGAAUACCCACCUAUCGUACUUGAAGCGCUCAAAAAGGCAGCGCCUCCAUCGUCGUCAUCGUCGUCGUCAUGCUCUAGCGACUCGUCUGGCGCCACGCAAGAAGUCCCAAGAGAGUCCAUACCGCGAGCAACACCUGGAUUCGCAGAUACGCUACCCUUCGAGUACCCACUGCAUCCGUACUCAGCAACGAGAGCGUGGAAUACGCCUCGAUCGUAUCCUCGGCAAUGGAUGCGCGACACAACGGGGGCCGAUGGAGAUAAUCAAGCCAGGCUCUAGCGUACCUCGGUCUCGGACGUACGGACGGUGGAAGCAGCGAACGACGAGUCCAAGGAAUAGCGGACGGAGUAAGGGCGAGCCUCGAACGGAAGGAUAUGAAGCAAAAGAGACCAAUACGAAGCUAAACGACACAUGUCAGAGGAAAGAAAGGGAACGGGUCGUUGCUAGCGUCCGAGACGAAGUACCGAAACUCGGCGGAUGGAACGAUCGACAGCCCGAGCAGAAACCACUUCAGGAACGUUCGCCAACAACACAAGACGUGCCCCGCUAC